GCAGGCACGGAUUAUCGUGUGUUCGCGAGUAUAUUUUCUUUCGUCCUAUCGAAAUUUUUCUCUCGACUAAAUCGUCCAUAUUUCUCUGCAUCUCUGUGUCCUACGCGAUAAAAAAUAAGCGCGAAUUUCGAGUCGCGAUUCUUGCAUCGUUUGGGCGACGAUUUUCUCCCUUGCGCUCCGCAGACGAGCGAGUGCAACGGCUCCGAAAUACAACAAAGUGCGUGAUUUUUUUCUCGGAACUUGGUAGAGGCCAUUCCCCGUUGGCCCAGGCCGGCAAUAGAAGUCAGCGUGUGUCUGGGACUCGUGCUGACUCUGUUUUUCCUUGUUAUAUGCGGUGGCUCGCGUUGUUGAGUGCAGCCAAAAUACUUUUUCAAUUCUACCAUUCGCUCAAGGCGUUUGUGCGCAAGAUGAUUCGAAAUCCGUUUCGAUUUAUGGAGCAACCAACUAGAAGACCCCCGAAAAGAGUCAUCGAGCCAGUCGAUGAGUGGUUACACAAUGAAGGCUUUUAUCGAAAAAAUACUCCCAAAGACCCAACUUGCUUGUUUAGGGCUGUCAGUGAACAAAUUUACAAUAAUCAAAGGGAUCAUGUGAGAGUAAGGAGAGAAUGUGUUGAAUAUAUGAGGAAAAAUAAAGAAAAAUUUGAAGAGAAAAUUAAAACAUCUAUUGAUGAUUACUUGGACCAAAUGGCUUGCGUGGGUCAAAAUGGGGGAAUGAAUGAAAUUCUAGCCAUGUCUUGGUUGUACAAGAAAAAUGUUGUCAUUUUCCAUGCACAAACAUUGACCAAAGAUUUAAGUAUCGAUAAUGGAUAUGCGGAAGGGAUUUGUUUGUGUUUCAUACCUCCAAAGCAAUAUGAAAGCGUAUUUACCCAAGAACAUACUGCCAAUGCUGGAUUUUGUCAAUCCAUAGUUUAUCAAAUGCUGUACAAAAAUGUAUUUAAAAUGAACACUGUUGAUAGUACUGUUAAUAAGAUGCUACAUGAUAGAAACAAUCAUCUACGACACGACAAGUUUUUCUUGAAAGGGAAUAUGGAAAUUAGAAACCAAUUGACUUUAGAGUUAAUUGACAAACUUGAUGGAGAAGAUCUUGAAGAAACUCAAAGAAUUAAUAGGGGUAUUACACCAUUUCCUUAUAGAGUUGCAAAAGCUUUGGAUCCUUCAAUUUAUCGAAAUAUUGAUUAUGAUAUUUGGCAUGAAUUAAAAAAAGAGAGUAAGAAUUCUGGUUUUGCCAAAUUUAAUUCUAAUGAACUUCAACCUGGAAGCAAAUGCUAUGUACAUCUCAUUGAAUUGAAAGAUUCUGAUAAGGCGAACAAUAAUUUCAUGACGUCUAGGGAACCUUGGGAUAGCAAUAAAGCUGUAACAAAAUGUAAAAAUAUGGAGCCAUCAAUAUAUUAUACCGGUCACAUACAAGAAAUGAGUAAAAAUAAUGGACCUGUGGUAGUAUUUAUUGAAGAAUUAGGACAGAGAGUGACAGUGCCACGUGAAGCCUUGAAGCAAAUUCCUCCAAAAAAAGUUAAAUCAAACAAUUGGGCCCUAAGUCCAAAUAAAAAGAAUAUGAUGGUUCAGAAUCAAAAAUGGAAAAAGCCAUGGAAUUCAUCCAAUCGUAAAGUCAAAGAACAAGUUCCUUUAGACAAUAACAAUGAAAAAAUUCCAAAUAACAAUACUAAAAAUACAACUAAAAAUGUCACCUCAAAAGUUGACGUUAAUAAUAUGACUGAAAAUAGCGAGAGCAAUACUGUCGCAGAUAGUAAUUUGGCUUCAUGUCAAGAUAUUGGAACCAAAGCAGUUGAAAAUUUAAAAACAGAAUUGGAAACUACUCAUAUCACACUUUAUCAACCUGCUGAAAAACCAACUGUUGAAGAGGAUAAAAAAGGUGCAAAAUUUGUUACAAAUAAUGAUGCAGUACGUGAAAAUAUGUCCAAAAAACAAACCCAAAAUGUUACAACAAAUAAGAAUAACGUUGAUGGAAAUCAAACAAAUAAGCAAAACAUUCAAAGAAAUGGGAAAUCUGAAAUAUUUUAUCCUGUAUACCCAAAUGCUCCAUAUCCUACUCAUUUUCCAAUUGAUGGAGAAGUUCAUUAUAAUUAUAACAUAGUUAAAACUAUUGAUCCAGAAGCAAAUGAAAUUCCUUAUGCAGCAACAACGGCGCAACAUUAUUAUAAUAUAAAUCCUAAGUAUUAUUGGUCUCAAACUCCCUGGUCGAAUGGUGUUAAUGGUCCGCCUAUACAAUUUGCCGAAAAUCAAUAUUAUUUGGCUCAAGCACCCUUGAUGGACCCAAAUUAUAAUCCCAACAUUAUAAGUGUCCCUGUUGCUACUAAUGAAUCUCACAUAUCGCAAGUUAGCCCAAUGCAACAACCGAAUAAUAAUCAAAAUCGGCAAAAUCAACGCUCGACCCCACCCCGAAGCCAGGAAAACAAUAAUCGGCAAAGACAGAACCACCGAAAUAAUAAUAAUGAUUAUCGAAAUUCACCAAAUGUGGACAUAAAUCGAAACCGUUCUGAUUACAAGAAUUCCAACCAUCUAGAGCAACAGAUACCUAAUAAAGGAAAAACGAAUCCGAUUGCACCCAGGUUUAAGCGGAAUAAUGAAAAUCGUAACAACAAUAACAAUAACAACCGAAAUAACAACUCCAAUGAACAUCACGCUCCUCAUCAACAACAACAGCAUUACCAACGGUAUCAACAGCAAGAUUACGACUAUCGCCACAAUCGAAAACAACAGCAGCAACAACAGCAACAGCAUCAACAAUCACAAGUACAACAGCAGUCUUCUCAAACUCCUCAACAACCUAUGGAAAUGCAUGCUUCAAUGACGCACCAUGCGAUCGAGAUGAACGAUAUGCAUCAACAGCAAUUGUCUAACCAUCAACAACAACAACAGCCACCACCACCACCUCCACCCACGCAACAACAGCAGCAGCAACAACAACAACAACAACAACAACAACAACAACAACAGCAACAGCAGCAGCCUCAGCUUCAACAUCAAACUCCAAGUCAACAACAACAAAUGAUGCAGCCUCAAACACCACCACCCAUGCAACAGCCACAAGCUUAUGGAUAUCAUAUAGCUUACAAUCAACAGGUGCCUUUCGUGCCGUACGGAGCUUAUGCGCCAGAGCACGAAGCUGCUUAUACAACUUCAUUUUAUCCUCCUGGGCCAGGUUUUAUUCAAGUUCCAUACAUAGCCACUGAAAUGUCGGCCGAUGGUAGCCCAGCAACCAUGACGCCUUUAUAUCCAGCUCCAAUGGAUGGUUUUGCUGCACCGGCUCAAUACCCUUUGUACCCUCAAUACGUGUACCAUCCAAGUCCGAUUUAUUCUGGACCAAUACCGCCACCUCAACCACCUCAACAGCCCCAAUCUCAGGUGAAUGAGCAACCGCAAUCUCAACAGCAACAACAGCAACAACAGCCUUGCUAUGCACAACCACCACCGGUGCCCCCUCCGCAAUUUCAACCUUAUUUCUUUCCUUAUGCUCCGCCUCCUCCUCCACCCCAAGGCAUACCUCCAGCGCCCUUGCAUUAAUUACAUUAAAAAUGUAUAAUGCAGCAAGGAUUCUGGAUGUGUAAUUUUUUUACCAGUUCAAAUCAUAGGUGAUCAGUCAUGCACCACAUAUUUUAUCUAAUGCUGUUUUUAAUCGAUAUUUAGAAUAGUUACAUUUUCAUGGUGACAUGAUAGAUACAUGUAUGGUUCUGAUUUGUAAAAAAAUUAUACUAUGAGAUAAUGGUUGAAUAAAAAGCACGAUUGUUUUUUCAAGAAGUAUUAAAUGAUGCUCAUCUUCCUACAUGGAAAAUUAUUCGACAUAUUCGAGCCAAUAUAUCGUAUAUAUAUCUAUAUAUACAUUACAGGUUUUCCUUUAUAAGGUACUGGUUAUUCUGACAAAGUAUAUUAUUUUGGAAAAUAAUAUAUAGUACAAUAGUUGUUUUAAAUUGUAAAAUUCAGUAAAGUCACUUCUGGUAAACUAAACUUGGAGUUACUAGAUGUUAAUUUAGUUCAUUCACGAUCAUGAAUAAAUUACUACAUUUUAACUCUUA